AUGAAGUUGUUGGUUUAUUCCUUCUUUUUCCUUGCCGUCUUGGCUGUCUUCUCUCAUGCCAAAUCUGUUGGUCAACGUCUUCGUAGAGAUGUAGAAGCCGACAAAGGACACAUUUCUGGAGCUGAUCAACACCGAGGAUCUCGAGCUGCUGGAGAUAAACCAUCGCAAUUGAGUCAGCCAGACGGUGAAAACCCAAAACGUCCAGAAAGAGCCGCUGACAACUCACACAAAGGAUCCCUUGAUGCUGAUACUGAUAUUAAGCGCCCAGCAAGAGCUGCCGGGCAGAAAGAAACUCAACAAGCUGAUCAAGAGCAACAUCGCGGAUCCCGAGCUGCUGGAGAGAAGGGAACUCAACACUUUGACGGACGUAAUACAAGAGCUGCCGGAGAGAAAGGAACUCAACAAGCUGAUCAAGAAUCGCAACGUCCAGCCAGAGCCGCUGACAACUCACACAAAGGAUCCCUUGACGCUGAUGCUGAUAUGAAACGACCAGCCAGAGCUGCCGGCCAAAAAGGAACUCAACAAGCUGAUCAAGAGCAACACCGUGGAUCCCGAUCUGCCGGACAGAAGGGAACUCAACACUUUGACGGACGUAAUACAAGAGCUGCCGGAGAGAAAGGAACUCAACAAGCUGAUCAAGAAUCGCAACGUCCAGCUAGAGCCGCUGACAACUCACACAAAGGAUCCUUUGACGCUGAUGCUGAUAUGAAACGACCAGCCAGAGCUGCCGGCCAAAAAAGAACUCAACAAGCUGAUCAAGAGCAACACCGUGGAUCCCGAGCUGCCGGACAGAAGGGAACUCAACAAGCUGAUCAAGAGCAACACCGUGGAUCCCGAUCUGCCGGACAGAAGGGAACUCAACAACUUGAUCAAGAAUCAAAGCGUCCAGCAAGAGCUGCCGACAAUUCCCACAAAGGAUCCCUUGACGCUGAUGCUGAUAUGAAACGACCAGCCAGAGCUGCCGGCCAAAAAGGAACUCAACAAGCUGAUCAAGAGCAACACCGUGGAUCCCGAGCUGCCGGAGAGAAGGGAACUCAACAAGCUGAUCAAGAGCAACACCGUGGAUCCCGAGCUGCCGGACAGAAGGGAACUCAACAAGCUGAUCAAGAGCAACACCGUGGAUCCCGAGCUGCCGGAGAGAAGGGAACUCAACAAGCUGAUCAAGAGCAACACCGUGGAUCCCGAGCUGCCGGACAGAAGGGAACUCAACAACUUGAUCAAGAGCGACACCGUGGAUCCCGAGCUGCCGGACAGAAGGGAACUCAACAAGCUGAUCAAGAGCAACACCGUGGAUCCCGAGCUGCCGGACAGAAGGGAACUCAACAACUUGAUCAAGAAUCAAAGCGUCCAGCAAGAGCUGCCGACAAUUCCCACAAAGGAUCCCUUGACGCUGAUGCUGAUAUGAAACGACCAGCCAGAGCUGCCGGCCAAAAAGGAACUCAACAAGCUGAUCAAGAGCAACACCGUGGAUCUCGAGCUGCCGGAGAGAAGGGAACUCAACAACUUGAUCAAGAGCGACACCGUGGAUCCCGAGCUGCCGGAGAGAAGGGAACUCAACAAGCUGAUCAAGAGCAACACCGUGGAUCCCGAGCUGCCGGACAGAAGGGAACUCAACAAGCUGAUCAAGAGCAACACCGUGGAUCCCGAGCUGCCGGACAGAAGGGAACUCAACAACUUGAUCAAGAAUCAAAGCGUCCAGCAAGAGCUGCCGACAAUUCCCACAAAGGAUCCCUUGAUGCUGAUGCCGAUAUCAAACGACCAGCAAGAGGUGCCGCAGACAUUUCUCAACAUGGAUCAGUUCAUACCGAGGUGAAACGUCCAGCUAGAGAUGCCGGCCAAAAAGGAACCCAGCAAUUCGGAGGAGACCAUCACCGCGAAUCCAGAGCUGCCGGCCAAAAAGGAACUCAACAAGCUGAUCAAGAACAACACCGUGGAUCCCGAUCUGCCGGCCAGAAGGGGACUGGACAAGCUGAUGUUGAACCAAAGCCUGUGAAGCGAGCUGCCGGGGAAAAAGGAUCUCAACAUGCUGAGAUCGACCCAAUGUUCCACCCACAGAUGUAA